AUUACUCUUGCUCUGAUUGGCUAUGAACUGCAGGAAUCAGUUUUCACUCGAGCUGGGAAAAAGAAGAAAGUCCCCUUUUGCCUUUGAACGAGUCCCUUGGUUUGGGGACAGCUGUGUUGUAGCAAGGGAGGUCUGAGCAGACUCUGACCUACAUACAAACAAUGUUAUUGGUUUCAAGAAGCCUAGGCUUUGGAACUUAACAAUAAUAACACAUCACACCUUUUAGAUAGUUAUCUUUACUGUGUUCCCAUAGACUAUGUCACAGUAUUCCCACAACUAUCUUCUAGUUCCAAUCCCUGAAUACCCUUUGGUGGACUGUGACCCGAACAGGAACAUCAAGAUUGUGGUUCUCGGGGGCAGCGGAGUUGGAAAAACAGGUAAGAUUGAAAAGUUAUUUUUUAAAUUGUACACUUUCAUUAUGUUUGUCUUACGUCCUUUUCUAUGGGCAAUAUAAAACUUAAAAGAAGUGUCGAUUGCUGUACAGAUUUACUACCAGCAUAUUGCUUGUCCUCAUUUCCUCCUUGUAUUCCUAAUUUCAGGCAAACAAUAGUAAUAUAUAGCCUGACGCAUUAUAUUGUAAGCAUGUGUAUAUAACUAAAUAUUUCUACUAUACAUAAAAAUGUUUCUUAAGAAUCUAGAAUGCUUGUUGCCAGCAGUGAAACUUAUUAGAAGGCGCCGUACUGAGGCAUGAAUAGUUAAUGUCACCUGGGGAUUAUUCACUAAACAUUGCAUUAUUGUGAAUUAAAACCAAAUUGGAAAGUUUAGGCAAAAACAGACAGUUUUUCAAUUUUAUUUUAAGUUUGUUUCUUCUUUGCUCUUAUGUUCACACUUUAAAAAUAUAAUGCGCUACAGAAUACGUUGGUGCUAUAUAAAUGUUGAAAAUAGUAAUACACAAUAAUUCCGUGAUUAAUAUAUAAACCAAGUUGUAUGUAUUUGUGAUGUACGACCUUAGUGAUACAGUAUGAGAAAGCUGAAAAAUAUUUACUUUGUCCCCUUGUGAUCCUCUGCAGAGUGAUAAAUGGAUGUACAGAUGUGAUAAGCAGAACCUCAUUCAUCUCUUACAGUUCAGAUAGUGAGAGAGUAGGACUUGCUCACUCUGUAUUCCAACUGGAUGGAUUGCCAAAGGGUGCAGGGAUUCCAAAGUGUUUUGUGACUUGGGGCCCAGUCAUGACUGCCGCUCCAUACAAUUCCUAUUGUAAUGCCACUCCUUGUUACAGUACCACUGAUCUUGGGGAUACUGCUAAGAGCAUAUGGGCGUAGGAUAAUAGUACAGCAGUACUGACGAGGUUUCAAAACGUAAAGGAUCAUAAAAUAAUUUACAAGUUUGACAGUUUAAGUGAAAUCUUAAUAUAACAAUAUCCUCUGUUAGUUCAAUCUCCUACAUGAAAUAAACUAAUGCUCAGCGAUGGGGAAAAGUUUGAAGUAGUCCGCACCUCUUUGAGAUAGUUAGUGAUUUACAUCUGUUCUAUUGAUAUUAUAGCCACUUAGUACUUACUAGAAAUUUCAAAGCAGGGAAGUGAGAACACCAUUUGAAUAUAUGAUGAUAUAAUACUAACUAUACUAUAUCAAAACAACGUUUCUCUCAUCUAACUUCUCUACGAGAUGUCUAAAAACUUCAGUUUAAUGUUAUACAUAGAUGUUGUCCAGAAGCCUUUUUACAUUCUUAGGCUAUCUUUCUGACCUGUAUAUUUUGGACCCAGAUGCUAUCAAAAUUAAUCAAUGAAAGAAGAAAAAAAGAUCUAUACAUUUUAGACAGAAAGGGAUUUAUACAAAAAGCAAAUAUUUGAUAUAUAUUGAUCCAUGAGUCUCUAGUGGGAUAGUUACAUUAGGGAACAUCGCCUAGACUUUAAUUUCACAAUUUAUAUAUAUUUUUUAUUUCCAUGCACUUCUCGGUUGUAAUGUCAGGUUUGGGUUUGAUUCACAAAAUAGGGGUUUGAAUAUGCAAUAUUUAGUACCCACUACUUUUUGUUUUUUAGAGAUGUUAAACUAUCCUUUGAGUUGUUUGUGGGGAACAGAUGAGCAUGUUGCCAAAUUUAUGUCAAGAUUGUUAAACAAUAUGCCAUGUUUUGUUCUAAAUUUACCCAUUCAUUCGUCAGUUCAGAGUUUAUUGACACCCUCUGUUCCUCUGCGUCCAGAUUGUCUUGUUACAAACACUUGUUUGUUAGUCCUGCUAUUGUACAGCGCUGCGGAAUUUGUUUUGGCGCUUUAUUAAUAUUAAUAAUAAUAUUGAAGAAACCAGAUGCACUAAACACUGAAUGACAGUGAAUUUCAAUCUAAAUUACAAAAUGUAGGCCAAAAAAUGUUGAUGUGGAAGCUUCAUACCUCCACUAUUGUCUCAGCAUGGCUAUAACAUUUGCAAUUUGGCUUUUAGUUCACCACACUUUGGUGCUUAGUGAAUAUACCCAUUAAUGUGUGCCCAUUACGUAUCUCAGGUAAUAUGUUAAAUACUAUUAAAGCAAAUGAUGCCUAAUAACAAAUUGAAUAAUUAUUAUUCUCUACUUAAUGACACUUAUAAUACAAAGCUUGAUACAUAUGCAAUGGUUGACAUUUUUAAAGAUCACAGAAAGUUUUGAUAUUUUUACAUUUCAUAUAUCAAAUAUAACUUAGAGCUGCUGUUAAAUGUAAGACUUUCUUAUAUAUAAAACAUGUUUGUAACACGUUUAUAUCUAUGUUUAUUUCCUGCACAGCGUUGAAGUUCACUAAUACAUAUCUACAUGAAUUUUGGGCAGUUACAAAGUUUAAAACUACAAUUGUAAAUUUGUGAAAGAAAAUGUUGCACACAGUAAAUGUGGAGAGAGUCCCUGGUUAACUACGAAUAAAGGGACAUUGUAGUCACCAGAACUACUACAGCUUAAUUUAGUGGUUCUGGUGUCUUAGGCAGCCACUGGAGGAAUUUCCUAGGUUCAGUCCUACAAAUAUUGCAGGAUCUACAUUCAGCAUCUCUAUGCUCUAUGACCAUAGGCUGAUUGUGCAGCGUGGCGAUUUGCAGCUUAUGCACACACUGGGCUCCCAUUGCUUCCCUCUGGUGAAGCAUUGCAUUUGCCAGUGGCGUAACUAGAAACCACGGGGCCCUGGUGCAAAAACUGCCCUGGGGCCCCCCAUAUGUCUACCACCCACCACCCCCCCAUACGUCUACCCUACCCCUCCACGCAUGCAGACAAACAGAUACACAUGCAGACACACACAGAUACACACACACACACACAUACAUACGUAUAGACACACACACACAGUCAUACAGACACACAUAUAUAUAAACACACAGACACAGAGACAAACAUACAGACACACAUAAAUACAUACACACACACAUAUACAAACACACAUACAGAUAAACAUUCAUACAGACACACAUACACAAACACACACACAUACAUACAUACAAACACACACAUAUACAAAAUGUUUUAGUCAGCCUCCUGUUUCCUAUCUUUUAGGUGCAGGAGAUAGACUAUCCCUGGGGUCCAGUGGUGGCUAAGCCUGAUGGGUCUCAGAGUUCCCACUCUGACUCUCUCCUUUUCCUCCCGCUUGGCUCCCUGUGUAAGCUGAGAGGAGUAACCAAGGCUGUCACUUCCUCUCAGCUGUGAUGUCAAAGCGCCACAGCACUGACCAGGCCCCCUGGAAAUUAAUUUCCAUCAGGUGGCCCUAAGAACAUGGGCCACCCGAUGGUUCUACCGCGUGGCCGGGGCCGCAACACAUGGUGGCGGCACCACAGUCACAGGGGUCCGUAGGGCAGCCGGGCCUCCUAUAGUGGCACUGGCACUGGCUAAUAUCAUCAUAAUUGAUGAUCUCAUCUGGAAAGGUGGAAGUGGCCAAAAAGAGACAAGCGUGCAAGGGGAGUAACUUUAAGUAAUUUUCUUCUUUUUAAUUCACAUGGGGGUUGGUGAUAGUCAAAAUCAUUGUUAUAACACUAUAUAGUUAGGAAUACAUGUUGUUCCUUUAAGGUGCACAUAAACUAUCAGACAUACAAUAUUUUGCUAAACUUUUGUAAACUGGAAGACUAUCAUAUAUUCUCGUUAUUUGCUCAUUUCCAAUGUUAGUAUACCUGUAUUAUUUAUAUUCAUUCUAUUGCAUGUCAAUAUAAAUAAAACCUGUGGCAUUCAUUAUCGUAAUUAGGUAAGAAUUACUUUGCCGGUAGUAAGUUCAGAAUUAUUGCCCAAAUGGAAAGCAAUCGAACGAUUCACUAAACUGCGUGGAGAUAAUUAUAAUAAUAAUAAAAAACAUCCAGUCCAUAAGUGCAAUAGAUUUCUCCAGUUGGUGAAUAUAACCGUUGAUUUGUGCCCAUUGCAUUUCUUUUCUUAAGUGGCCCCAGUUCACUGUUAAUGAAUAGACGCCAUCAUGCAGCAGAUAAAAUAGUUUAGUGGCGUGUUAAUUGGAUGUUUUAUAGAUAUACCAUGUUCUAUGAGCAGAUAUACUGCUAACAAAACAAUUUCUUUUAUGUCCCUUUGUCUCAGCAUUGGUCGUACGAUUUCUCACAAAGAGGUUUAUUGGAGACUACGAGGCAAACACUGGUAAGUUUGACCUGUGGGUGGAGACAGAAUCUCAAUAGCCCAGCAUGGGCUCACAAACCGAACACAGCUUUUAGAUGUGUCUGUAAAAUCCUUUUUUACCUCUCCUGUGCAUAUUGGAAUUACGCUAACAAUGCUGCACAGCCUGCUAUUCUCUAUGGGUUGCCUAAUUAAUAUCUCUGUUGUUCUCUGUUGGGCUGAGGAUAAUGGGGUUGGAGUCCAACUGCAGUCGUCCUUUAACACAACAUUAGACCAGAGCCGAAGAGUUCCCUUAGUCAAAUGUUGUGCAAUCGGUGUGAAUUCUGUUUGUGUGCCAGUGGGUUGUGUUUCUAUCCUCUGAGAUAAAAAUGUAAUACGUUACAAGAGCACUUAAGCUGCAUGCCUAACAUGGAAAAAGAGUACAUAUAUUUUCUUUCAAGCUCUUAUGUUGGAAAUAUAGACAGGAAGAAACAAGGACCAAUUUGCUGUUCACAUAAAAUAUUUCUAAUUUUAGAUAUAUUUAAUAAUUACAAUUUUUAAUCCCCAUUUCCAAAUUGAAGGAUAUUAUGGAGGCAAUGACAGUGUCUCUUUAUGGUAAAUGCCUUGAUUUGGUCUCUAAAUUGGGAACGGAAUGAAGACAAGCCACCCUAUGUUGUUGCUACUCUCACUAUAUUUUGCUUCAAGCCUUUUCUACUGCCACUUUGUAGCAAUUAUAUUCAUACUAUAAAAUAAUAAUGAGUGUGAUCUCCGCCUGGGGAGAUCUUGAAAUGCUGGCAAAAAUAAAUGGACAAAAUGUGGAGUAACCGUACAUAAGUUGAAAUGGCCAGUAUAGGGAUCUAAAUAGAGGGGAAAAGGAAACAGGGCAAGGAACCAUUAAACUUAUCAGUUCAAAAGAAAGCCCUCAAAUAUCCUGGUUGGACUAGGUCCAAAAAAUAGUAGUAAUUAAAAUAAAAAAUCUUUAUUAAAUCUUGAAGUAGAAAUAGCCAAAGGUAAGCCCCCCCAAACAAAACAAGAAGGGGAAUCCCCUCUAUAAAGACUAAUUGGUGGUAGAAAUAAUGCUAAAGUCUUAAUAUAGACGUCCAGAAUAGAUAUUAAAAAUAGGACUAAAAACAUUAAAGACAAAGUGGAAGGACUAAUACCUUAUAAUGGAGUAGUUUGUGAGCAGUAAUCCCUGUUAUAAAUAGAGAUAGGGAGAAGAAAAAGGAAAUUAUAAGGCAUAGAAAGGAAACACACUUCCUAGUAUACUUUAUAUAUAAGCCUCAAAAUAAGUCCCUAAGCUCUAUAAAACACCUUCAUGGGUGUUCUAAUCUAAUGCUCACUCUAAAUAGGUCCACUGCCUUUUGCUACCAAAUCCCAACUGGCUAGAAAUAAAUAAAAGAAAAUAAAGUUAAUCUAAGUGUUCAUUCCUUUUAGUGCAUAUCCCUUAGUUAAUCUAAGUGUUCAUUCCUUUUAGUGCAUAUCCCUUAGUGAAAAAGAAAAAAAAACUAGAUAGGUGAAGUGAAAACAUGCCGGUCGCCCGACGCGCGUUUCGGUGUGCGGUGACACCUUCGUCAGGGGCUGAGGAAAUGCCGGCUGAAAAAGCCGGGACUUUUAAAGGUCUGGGAGCUAAUCAGCUGAGGGGGUUCCCUACUCACGCCCCCCUCCCGGAAUGGAUCGUCGUCACUGACGUUCGGGAUAACCCUCACGUCAUCCGUGACGCAUAGUCCCACGUGAGCGUCUGGGGAGACGGGGGCGGACUGACAUCCUUCAUUAUAUUCACCCAUCUCUCCCCUUUCUUUACUUUUUCUCUACCUCUUUUUUUUUCGUCCUUCUAUUUCUUACUUUUAGCCUCUGAUUAAAGGGACAUUCCAGACCCCUAAAGCUUGCUGAUGUGCUUUAAGUGUGAAGAGUGUGUCCUCUUUUAUCAUUUUCCAAAAAGAAGCAGACUUCAAUAGAGAUUUGCACUUUUUUAAAUUAACCUGGUUACAUCAUCCUCAGCUGUCAAUCGGACCACAGGUCCUGUUACUUCCUGUUUUAGUUAGCUUAGUGAAGCUAAACUCAAGAGGCAGCAAUUGCCCAGAGCACCUCAUUGAGCAAUAUAGAAACAGCAGGAGAGAGCAAAAUAAACAGAAUUAACAAACAUGGUGACAUUAACAAGGAUGUAUAAUGUUUAAAAAAACAAGUUUUCGUCUCCUAGACAAGCUUUUCACAUUUCUCCUAAUCACACUUUAAUUAACACAGGUAGUAAACCCUUCUCAAAUCCACAAACAUAACGUGCACUUAAAGAACAAUUUUACGAUAAAGAAUCUCUUUAUGGGGCCAGAAUAUAAAAUGUGUUUUAUAGUAUACGUAAAGCAGGCAUAAUAAAAAAAGCAUUGCAUAUAUUCCUUAUUGCUUCUAGGUUUUACUGUAUAGUAAAUAAAGUAUUGUGCAAUUACUGUGACAUGUCUCCUUACAAAAAUAUGUGUGAAAUGUACUCCGCAAAGAUAAUUUGUCAAAGUUUAAUGCCCCGUCAUAUUUUGAAUAUUUUUUCUGGAGCACUUAAACAAACUCAAUUUCUUCAUUACUGUAAGUAGAACUGAGAGACUGCCUCGCUCCCCACCACCACUUUAUACUUUAUCAUUAGGAAACUGAUUAGCCCGUGCAAGUGUUUCUGGGACAUGUACAAGUACUUGUAUGAUAACUUGUUUGUCUCUCUCUUGUUUCAUGUUUAAAAGUGGUGUUAUUGUCCUUAGGAAUUUGGCCUUUUUUUUUUUUUGGUGCCUGAAGCACAGGGGAAAUUUAUUCUUAUGGAUGCUUUUCUUAAUCCACAGGAGCACUAUAUUCCCGAAAAGUCACAAUUGAUGGGGAACAAAUUUCUCUUCAGGUCCAGGAUACACCGUUUGUCUCAAUGGAGGUAAGGCAUCUGCUAUUUUAUACUCUGCGUUGUUAUGUAGUUAAACACCUAUAUGAAUAAUUAGAAUUAUUUUCGUACAUAAAAACUGUACACUGUAAAUGAUUAUAGAUUUAUAAAUUGACAGAACAGUCAGAGGAUUUAUAUCGGUAUUGUCACGCUGUACUUGCCUUUUCUCAAUCGAUUCCUCUUCUCAUCCUCUUUCCUUUUGUCUGUCUUUCUUUUUUUAAUUUUUCAUCUAUUUCUAGCUAAAAACACAAGACAAAGUAGGGGUUACUUAUGUCAGAUGUAUUUUUCCUACAGCUGACGCAUCCACCGUCUAGAAGUGUAAAUCCCCCCAGCCGUCACCAAUGAUGGCCGCCUGGAGUUGGCUCUGUCUAUGGAGGAUUCUGGGGUCUCCUCCAUAGACCUCAAUGCUGUACUCUUGCGCAUGCAUGAGAGUACAGCAGUGAUUUUAUCUCCUGGCGCUAAAGAGGACUUGCUGGAAAAAGAUGGCACUGCACACAAGGGACAUAACUUACCUUUCCCUGCUCCCUAGCCACCGGACCCCUAGUGGCGAUGUCACUGAUCUUUGUAAAUGAUGCAAAGUCCACAGAAGGUGACAGUAUUGCUUUAAGUGGCAUGUCACAUUUGUACCUUUUAACUGAUGAUAUAGCUCCACUGUGACUUCUUUAAUGGUAUUAUUGUAUGGUCAGUGCUAUAAGAUGAAAUAUGCUAUUAGUAAAUGUCAUGAAUAUUGGAACAGGAACAUGAAUUAAGGACUGUCUCGUCAAACUUAAGCUUCCAGACCAGAACCAGUGGCAUGUUGGUUUCAAAAACGCAGUCCAUGGCUGGUUUUUGUUCACUGGUUCACUGCAGAAUUUUUUGGCGCUUUAUAAAAAAUAAUAAUACCAAUCAUAGCCCAUGAUUUGGUUUUUAAAAAGCUGUGUUGAAAACAGUGUCCAAUGCUAAGUGGACACUGGACACAGUGGACACACGUUUGAAGCACAAUGCCUGUCUCUGCUCAUUAGCAUAUAAAACCAAGAACUCUGGGAUAGUUGUGGAAGCAUGGUUUCUCAAGUUUCUGUGCCCAAUGAGUACUUCUCAAAGUCAAACUUGAGAUAUGCAGGUGAUACUGUAACUUUUCCAUCAAACCCAGGAAACUUUGAAAAUAAGGAUUUUAUUUUCCAUUGGAAAAAUUACAGUCAAUUAUAUUACCACUUCAUUAAUACCCACCUUUCCAGAAACCCUUUUUAACACAUUCAUUAAAUGAGGAUUUUGACAACAGGGAUUAAGUACUAGGCUGCUGAGCCAAUUCUUCCAAGAAUUUAUUUUGUCUACAAUAUCUAGAUUGUGUAAUCCUGAAUCCAUUUGCACUGAUAUCGACUGUGGUGGAAAGUUCAAAACAAUGAAUUCCUUAAUAUAAUGCAGAUUUUUUUUCUCAGCUUUGAAGAAUUUAAAAGGAAAUACUCUUUUUUUAACAUACGUGGCCACGUAGCAAUUGCAGGCAUUUUUCAAGCACAGUAAUGUGAUCUGCUUAGCACAUGUGAGAUAGCUCACUAGAAGACACUUUUAAAGUCUUUGGCUAAAUGAAAAGCAGAUUGUCUGCUUGAAAGUUCUCUAUAUAUAGACACACUCUACCACUGAGCUUAAUUAAAAGAAUGAAUGUUGUAUAUUAAAUACAAAAAUUCCAUGUGCUAUAUGUAUGGACCAAAAUCUUAGCAUACAGCUUUUUUAUGUCUACAUCUGGUAUGUACUGUUUUCUCAUUAGCAACUCUAUGUUUUACCUAUAUAACAUUUUUAGUUAUUUUCUACUAUUUUCUAGUUAUUCUUUAAUAUAUACAAAGAACAUCUUAAAGGGAUUCUUUAGUGCCAGAAAAACAAAGUCAUUUUCCUGGCCCUACAGAAUCUUACAGUGCCCCCCUCCCUCGUGCGCCCCCUCCCGUGCCACUGAAGGGGUUAAAACUCCUUCAGUGACUUAACUGAAUCCAGCGUCGAUGUCCCUCAGCGCUGGGUCAGACACCGCCCAUGCUCCUCCCCCACCAACGUCAGCAAAGGCUGCGCUCGCAUUAGGAUAUCCCCAUAGGAAAGCAUCAUUCAAUGCUUUCCUAUGGGGAAAAAAUCUGACGCUAGAAGUCCUCAUGCAGAGCGUGAGGACGCCCAGCGUCAGAUACCGGACCAAAGGUCUGUUUCACUUCAGGAUGUCCCUCUAGUGGCUGUCUGGUAGUCAGCCACUAGAGGUGGAGUUAACCCUCUGAGGUAAUUAUUGCAGUUUCUCAAAAACUUAAUUAAUUAACAAUAAUUACCACUGUAUAGUUAAGAGACAUGGGCUAUUGCACCCAGACGACUUCAAUGAGCUGAAGUGGUCUGGGUGCCUACAGUGUCCCUUUAAUAACCUAAACAAUAUUUUCAAAUGCCCAUUAUAUCUCCAAUGGUGCAACAUCAUGCCUAUGCUUCCCAUUAUUAUAGCAUUUAGAUCAGUGGUGCCCAAAAGAUAGAUACCCAGAUCUUGUAGGACUACAACUUCCAUGAUGCUUUUCAUGUCUUUAGAAUGUCUUUAGAAUGACAAAGCAUCAUGGAAGCUGUAGUUUUAAAACAUUUAAGGAUUUAGCUUUUGGACACCCCUGUUUUAGAUUGUAAGGUCACUAGCCAUUUUGCAAUACCUGCAGUUUUAGUUGUUUCCACUCUGACUGCAAUAUUUAGAUAAAUGUAAAUAUGAAAAACCGCAGCGUAAAUUAUUUUCAGUAAUUUUUAUGUAAACUUCACAGAAUGAUCCAGAAGAAUUCCAACACAUGCAUUUUUUCUCAAGUAUGGUUUCAAUAUAAAACAUGUGAACAUUUAACCCCUUAAUGAGAGACCACAGGCAGUCUAUGCCAUCGUAACAAUGGUUUUUAAAUUAGAAUUGUGCAUACCAUUGAAAAGGAAUGGCAAUUUGUCCAAAUUUUGGGACGAUCAACAAUUCAACUGAAUUACUCUGAGUCACCAUGUGACAAAUGAAACAAAGCAUUUUGCUUGUUUUGUAAUUCAGAGUUCUGUUGGUGGUGCCAAAAAACAAAGGGAAAACAAUUUCAGCAGUAAAACAUUAGUGUACUUACCAUCACAAUGUGGUAUUAUGGAGUAAUUUAGGAGAACAUUUUUUUUAUUUUUUUAUUAUUGGUUCUUUCUAUUUUCUUUUGCAUAGUCCCUGUAUUUAUAAUUGUAUUCAAUAAACUGUGAUUUUUUAAAAAUGAUUUAUUUUGAUUAUUUAAAGGGACCUCAUUAUGCCUUUUGGGUCUUUCAUAGCCCAAAAGACAAUUCAGUUUUUUCAUUAUUGCCUUAUAGUGUUCACCCCUCCUAUAACACACCACCAAGUCCCUUAAAGGGACUUCUCUUUCUUAUAGAACAAUUUUCUAUGACAUGUAUAUAAUACAUUAUAUAUUUAACUGAUCUUUCUCAGAAUAAAGCUAUAAACCACAGAUAUACAGGAGAAGUCAGGAAUUCAUUUCAUCUGUAUGAUUGGUAGCCACAGAGUUAGUUUUAUUUAAUUAUCCAAAAUCUAUAUUAUCAGCCACCGUUUUGUGUUUGACAGACCCACUUUAAAUACCAAAUAUCAAAUCCACAUUAACCAGGGCUCGAGUCCUGUACUUUUUCCACAGCAGGAACACCGUUUAGUAUGGCCCAUGAAAUAAUAAAGUGAAGGGAUGUGGGAAGAGAGGAAUUAAGAGAGCCAGGAGGCAAUGUGAUCCAGAAAUUGAGCUAGAAUUUUCAGUUACACACGUAGAGAAUAGAUAGAGUGUACUUCAAGUGAAAAAAACGAAAAUGGGAGAGGAGGUAUAGAGCUGCGUUCACUUAAUAUGGCAAAAUGACAUUCCAUGUGAAUAUACAAAAUAUGUAUUUUCCUCUUGUAUAAUUUCACACUUUAAAUAUAUAUUUUACUUUGCCUUACUUAGCAUGAUGUUACUAUUCAUUAAGGAUAUUGGCAAGCUUAGACAUCUCAUGGAUCUAUCUGGGCCAAAACAAAAGACCAAAUAAGAAUACUCGAGCUUCCACACCUUCAGUAUUAAAAAUAAUUCCGUUUUGGAUUUCUAACCAUUGCUCCCAGUAAAUGAUGUGCUGUUAUGGGCCGUGCAAGAAGUUCAAUUUUUGGAUUUAUACAAAUGCCCUGAGGACAUAACCACAUCUCACAGCAUUAGUACAUCCUGUCCGAGGUCCACUUUUUAAUAUAAAAUAUGUCAUAAUGAAGUCAGGAGGAUGUGCUGUUUUUUCAUUGAUAUUUACUGUCUGACCUCAAUUGUAGAUGGUUGUGAAAUUACAUUUUCUACAAAUGUGUUAACAAUUGGGAAGGAGAGUUAUGUAUAAAAAUGUUUCCACAGCAAAAAUAAUAUAACUGGAGCUCAGUAGCAUUAACGUUUGUAUAAAAUGGCUCCAGCCAGAAGUACGUGACGGUGUGCACUAGCUAUACCAAAAUAGAAAAGUGAUCUAAUUAUUCUUGAAGCUCUUUGUUGCCAAUAAGUAACAGAUAGAUGCAUAGGGCACCAUUUUAUAUUACAGUCCUGUGAAUGGCAUUACAUUGACGAACAAAUAUAAAAAGUAACAAACGAGGGGGCCUGGGAAGAGGUUUUAUUCCCCUCCCCCAUGCUGUGGCACACCAUGUGCCCCUUGCAAUAUGUUACUUAUAUUUUUAUUCCCUAUGUUGCUGAUUUGGCAGUAUUUUAAAUACAAAUUAAAUAACUUUACUGUUGAAAUAGCAAAUCCAACAGAUUCAGAUCACAAUUUAUGUCCACGUAAUGUCCCAGUGCUCAGUUAAUGAUUAGAAGCACCUCUGGAUUCCUCAACCUUUAAGAAGCAUUAGACCAGAAGGAGCAUUUACUAUGGUCUGCUCUACCUGGAGGAGGUGCAGAUCAUGUAUUCCCCCACAGAUCGCCUGGGAUCAUCAUACCUAAGGAACUCUGUAAUACACUUAUACAUAUUGCACAUUCCUGUGAGUUUUAUUGUCGAGGGUGCCUGGGUUUAUCCCGAUGUUAUAGUCUACAACAAAAAAAAUCUCAAAGCGAUAGGCAAUGUUACAUAGUUACAUAGCUGAAAAGAGACUUGCGUCCAUCAAGUUCAGCCUACCUCACAUUUGUUUUUUGCUGUUCAUCCAAAAGAAGGCAAAAAAAAAAGUUUGAAGCACAAUUUUGCAACAAGCUAAGAAAUAGCUUCUUGACCCCAGAAUGGCAGUCAGAUUUAUCCUUGGAUCAAGCAGUUAUUACCCUACAUUGAAAGAUUAUAUCCUUGAAUAUUCUGUUCUUGCAAGUAUGUAUCUAGUAGCCGUUUGAACAUCUGUAUGGACUCUGAUAACACCACUUCCUCAGGCAGAGAAUUCCACAUCCUGAUUGUUCUUACAGUAAAAAAACCUUUCCUUUGCCUUAGACAAAAUCUUCUUUCUUCCAGUCUAAACGCAUGGCCUCGUGUCCUAUGUAAAGUCCGGUUUGUGAAUAGAUUUCCACACAAUGUGUAUGAAUAAACUCCAGAGCUGCAAAGCAAUACAACUCACAACAUUGUGUAGAUGCAAAGCAAAACGCUUUAACAGUUAUUUACUGAACUGAGAAUUUCCAGGACUUCAAUGUGAAUUUAAAAUGAAUUUAGGUCCAAAUAGCCAAACUGAGCACAGAAUUGACUUGGCAAAUUUGUUCUAGAUCAGCUGUUUUGGUUUAAAUUUUGAAAUUCACUUUAAUUCCCAGCAAUUCUUACUUGAGCAAACAAGUCAGAAUUGCUGUUUGUAUGUAAUGUGUCUGUAUAAGUAGUAUAUGUGUCCUAUGCUAUUUUUAGUGGGACUUUGGCAUAUGUAAUUAUUAACGGCCCCCAUGUGUGACUUUGGCUCCCUAUAUGACCCCUGUAUAUGAGACGCCACUGAUCAUAUUAACUACAGUAUUAGAAAACAGUCCAUGAUUUAAAAACAACUCCUGGCAUUACAUCUAAUAUAUAAUUCUCUAUCAUAAGAGAGAAAUGGAAAACCGAACUCUUUAAAGGCCACAACAACCUACAUUAAUUCUUGCCUUAGAAAUAUUAUAAACCAUUGAUGAUCUGGAUUUUAUUUGUUUCAGAAGAUCUUUGUAUAAAAAGUUACUUAUCAGAAGCUUUGCAAGGGAUUAGUAAGGCAGAGUUAACAAGGAUUUAUGAGUUAAAAUGCAGUGAAGAAUAAUCUUAAAUUACUAGUGACUCUGACACUGCAGGCAAUAGCCUUUAAUUAGGAAGCUUUCCCUUAUGUCAUCCUUAUGAGAAUUCUGCCUCAUGUUCUCAUGAAUAACUCCAAGAGCUGUCCAGUGUACACAGGAACAGCUGCUGGUAGUCUAGUUAUUGGGAGGGUUUCCUGUAUGAGCCUCGUAUUACAGAGGAAAUGGCCAAAUUAGGACAAGUUAGAUUUGGACUGACUGUAAUCUACUCUCUGCGUCAAUGACCAAGUAACCCACAGCCACACAACAGCAUUCUGUAAAUGUUACUGAUAUAUUACCAAGGUCAUCCAUUUGGAUGAUACAGGACUAAAUAACAGUCUCACAUGUAGGGGAAGAUUUUUCAGUGAAUUGAAACUCUUUAAAGGGACAUUAUAGGAACCCAGACAAUUUUAUCUCAUUGAAAUGGUCUUGGUGCAGUGUCCCUGUUCCCUUAACCCUGCAGCUACAAACAUUGCAGUUUUAGCUGCAAACAUUGCAGGGUUAAGAGACCCACUAGAGGUGCUUCCUGGCCUUUCCCAGAGUUUGACUUUGUGAUACAAUGCUGGACGUCCUUAUGCUUUGCAUGAGGAUGUCCAGCGUCUUCUAAAACCCCAUCGGAAAGCACUGAGUUAUUGUUUUCCAAUGGCGAAGGCCUAAUGCAUGCACGGCAUUCGCCGUCCAUGCUCAUUGGGUGGCAUCUGUGGAGAAGCCCAGCGCCGAGGGACUUCAGAGCUGGAAUCAUUCAUAACCUUUUAAGGAUCACAAGUUGAUUCACAGAGGUCAUAUGCUAGGAUAGAAUCUUAUACUUAUUUGUGUUUACAGCUCUACACAGCAUCAAAAUUACAGAAUGACUGGGGCAUACCAUUUUGAUCUUUAAAGGCUUUGUUGUGACAAACAAUUUGUCCUUAAGAGGUUACAUUGCUAUUUUAAAGAAACACUCCGGGAACCAUAACAACUUCAUUAACGUAAAGCUGUUAUGGUGCCAGGAAUUUCCUGGCGCUGGCUCACUUUCAGGGAUUAAACUGUUCAUGUACAUUUAACCCAAAGUCUGUGUUCCAGCACCUUAUCUCUCUACCCCCUUCCAUUUUGCUGAAAAGCUUAAAAAGAGAAGAUUAUGGCUGCCAAGGGCAGGGUUGCUGCCAAUCUGUGGCUCCCGAUUUACAAAAUGACUUGAGAAACGUAUGAUUUUUUCUCUAGCCAUUUUUGAGAAUUCAAAGUAAAUUUCAAGUCUAAGGUCAAAAUAGUCAAAAUGAAAAAAUUCCCUAAGUCAGCUAUGCUUUUAGUUCGACUUCUCUGGCCUUAAAGGACCACUCUAGGCACCCAGACCACUUCAGCUUAAUGAAGUGGUCUGGGUGCCUGGUCCAGCUAGGGUUAACCCAUUUUUUCGGAGAAACUUCUAUGUUUAUUAAUGGGUUAAGCCUUCCCCUAUUUCCUCUAGUGGCUGUCUCAUUGACAGCCGCUAGAGGCGCUUGCGUGCUUCUCACUGUGAUUUUCACAGUGAGAGCACGCAAGUGUCCAUAGGAAAGCAUUAUGAUUGCUUUCCUAUGUGACCGGCUGAAUGUGCACGCAGCUCUUGCCGCGCGUGCGCAUUCAGCCAACGGGGAGGAGAAGAGGAGGAUCGGAGGAGGCUAUCUCUCCGCCCAGCGCUGGAAAAAGGUAAGUUUUUACCCCUUUCCAGAGCCGGGCGGGAGGGGGGCCAUGAGGGUGGGGGCUUCCUCAGGGCACUAUAGGGCCAGGAAAACGAGUAUGUUUUCCUGGCACUAUAGUGGUCCUUUAAACUUGAAAUUCACUUUGAAUUCUCACUUUACUGAAUAACCCUGUCAGUGUAUCUUUUGGUAAAACGAAUCCAAUGUUUUAUUAGACAAGGAUAUAUUGAAUAUACUCUGCAUAGUUUACAUCAAGGAAACAUUUUGUCAUUUAAAUUGAGUGCACAGUGAAAUUAACCUGCUCACUCAUUACAUUACUGUACAUACUGCCACUGGUUACUGUUUAUCAUUCAGUACCACUAAAUCUACUAUUCAUUUUUUUUAUUUUAUUUUUUUCAUUGAAACCCUUUGGGAUUUCUCUGUGUACAAUGAGAGCAAUGACUAGCAUACCACAUUCCUGAGUACUUCACGAAACAUAGUAAUUCAUCUAAACACUUUUCAAUUCUUUGCUUCUCGCUUGAGGGCUUGUAAAAUGUUCAGUAAUACAACACUCAGAGUAACUAGCUCCAGUGCCACACGAGUGAAAAUAACAGGUAAGUCUGCGUGUUUUGUAUUACAACAUACUUUGUUGAGACUUGAUAGAGCGGGAAAUGAAAAAUUGACAACUUUUAGUGAAUUGCUAGACUUUGUGAAUGCUCAGGAAUGCCGCUUGCUGUUCAUUGCUCUUAUUGAACAUUUUGAGAUGGCCCAUAAUGAUAUAGCCUUUAGAUAAGUGUUAAUUAACCCCAUUUGUUAAGAGAAACUUAAAGGCACAUUGAAGGCGCCAAAACAUGUAGCUUAAUGAACCUGCUUUAGUUUAUAGAUAAUGCCCAUGAAGUCUCACUGCUCAAUUCUCUGCCAUUUAUGAGUUAAAACACUUUUGUUUCUGCCCAUGCUGCCCUUGCCACAUCUAAAAAAGGUUUUAUUUUAAUUCAAAUGUUAACUUGUUUCACAAUUUUUUGUCUCCUGCUCUGUAAAUUGAGACUCCUGCAGGAUCUAGCAGGCUGUUAACAGAGCAGGUGUUAUGAAACUCUAAAUUAAACUGAAUUUGCAAUAAAGGAAGUGUAAGCAUCAGAUAACUCUUUACAGGAAGUAUUUAGUUGUGCCUAUGGUUGUAUAAACAAAGUGAUUUAAUUCCAAAAUGGUAGAGGAAUGAGCAGGGAGACUGCAGAGGCAUGAUCUAUACACCAAAACUGCUUCAUUAAGCUAAAGUUCUUUUGAUGCCGGUAGUGUCCCUUUAAGUGAACAUGACCACAGGAGACCACAGAAUGAAGGCUAUCUAUUUACAUAUUGAUGCUUUUUUGGUCAUGUUUUUUUUUUGUCGUGCACAAGUUUAACAAACAGCCUUGGUUUGCCACAACAGCGGUAUCAAGGUAUGUAUAAGUACAGUACAUAACAUAGGUUGUGACAUUCGCUAGACAGGCACAUUUUUAUGUUGAAUGAAAUGACAUGGUAAAGUUACACCGCCAAAUAUUGACUGAGUUGGUGAUUAAUUUAUCGCUUCCUGCUUAGUUUUAUGAAUCGCUGCAAAAAUAUCAGCACUAGCACACCGCUGGUUAGUAUGUCUAUGGGGUAACAUGGAUUAACAAUAAGAGUAAGUCUAAAAGAUUAUCACAGCAGCCUCCAACAGGAUAACCCGGCAGGGGCAGAUUAACUGUUUCCAGCUUAGUGUUGUAGGUUGCUGCAGGAAUAUUAGCACUAGCACAUCGCUGGUUAGUAUAUCUAUGGGGUAACAUGAAUAAACAGUAAGAGUAAGUAUAGAAGAUUAUCUCAGCAGCCUCUAACCGGAUAGCAUGGAAGGAGCAGAUUAAAUUAUACUAUUAACCAUAUGGAUUCAGGCAACAUGAGGUUAUGGAACAUCAGGGCGGUAGCAUUCAUUCAGUUCUCUUUGUGGGAGCUGUGCGUGGAGUAAAUACUGAGUGUACCCAGAAAACUGGGAGAGGGUAUCAUGCUCAAUGCACAUUAGACUGGACAGCAAGUCCCAUCCCCAGCAGUCCGAGUGCGUUAUGGCUAAGCUGGUAGAUAUGCAAUUAUUCAAUCACGCUUGAUACUUAUGAGUAGGGUCAGAGUCCCGAGAGAUUCUAGUAAUCACAGUUCUGUUGGUAAGAGUCAGCCACACGCCAGGUGGUUCCUGUGCCUCUCGUUCUGCUCCGUCCGUGAGGGCCUCAUGCUGUGUGUCUGCUAUCUUGGGGUGCCGCUGCUGAGUAUCUGCUGGGUAGGAGGCAUCGCUGUACCUUGGGCUCCAGCUCUCUCGCUUACAGAAGGUGGGUAGCUCGGUGCAUGGCACCGGUAGCGGUGUUUGGGGUGCUGCCUUGUGCUGUGUGUCUCCCCUCCUCUUCAUCCCUCUGCCUCCUAUGGUACCCGUUUGUUAGGGUGUUUGCUCGCCAUUGGUUUCCUCGUUUGUCUGGCCGGCUGGGUGCAGCGGCCUGUUUCUGGCUCUGUGAGUUGGUACUUUCACUCGUGGCCGCCACCAUCUUGGCUUCAGGCCUUCGCAGCGGUCUGGCAAGUUCCAGCUUCCGGUUUUGGCUACGAUGUGAGGACCGGUAUCACCCCGCAGGCCCAGAGGGGGGGGACCGGGUCCGCACAGACAUGGUUAUCAGGCUCCGUUGGGCGGGAUAGUAGAGCGGCGGCCGUCCUCUCCCCUCACCGCCAGGAAAGAUCCCGCCUGGUGUAGCUGAGAUCUCCCCUCCGGGGGACUAAAACUCCGGGAACAAGCCUCUCCCCGGUUCGGGUAGCCCUUACUCAUCGAUGGUCGCAGGUAUGGGUGGUAUGAGUGGUCAGAAUCUUUAUUUCCAGGCUUAGUGGGUGUUAAGACCUGCAGUGGUUAUGGUGCUGCGGUCUUCUGUUCCCUUUCCCAACAGCUGAGCAUGAGUGAUUAUAGCUGCAGCAGGGAGUAGAGGAAUAAGGUAGAUGAAAUGCAGUUCCAAGGUGAUUCUUCCCAGCAAGUAAAAUAUCCCCCAAACAUGAGCCUAGACUUCAUGAAGGGUGUAACAGGAAUGAAUUUUAUUGACACAGGCUUUUAUGAGAAAUCCUCCUGCAAGAGGACCUCCCACAACAAACAAAGACAACAGCCAAUCAACGUACAGAUUUACAGUAAUAUACGCCUCCUCUCUGCCUGGGAGAUAUUGAGAUAAGUUAAGGAAUAAACCAAUUAUCUCCAGGCAGAGAGCACACAAUUUCCCCAAAACUUAGAACACCCCUUUCCCCAAAAGGUAUCCCCACAAAUUACAUAUCCCCUAAUAGCCCCGAUCUGGGGGACAAACAUAUCCAAAUUUCACCCAGAUCGGUUCAGGGGUUCUGAAAAAGUGUGGAGGGUCCCUUUUACCGACCACACACGCGGUUCCUGCGGUCGGUCAAUUCACAAAUCUGUAAAAACCGAACAAAAGUCCCGAAUGGACCCCCCUGGCUCAUAGCAGCGAUUGCUCCCCUUGUCCGUUCGCAUAGAACUACCGAACGGCGCUUCCCUGGCUGUUCGGGAGAUACAAGAAGCCGGCGUUCGGUAGUUUCAGCGGUAGUUCGCGAGGUUGAGUGUCCGAUUUUAGUUCCAGACACUCGACGACCAAGUCCCGCUGACUCCCCUCGUGCGAACAAGAUGGCCGCCGUUUUCUAUUCCACGUGGCGUUCAGCUAUACGAACAGCGGCCGCCCAGGGAGCACUUAAUAGCUGGUUCCUUUGUAGUUAAAAAGCCAGGAGGGUGGUCGGCGUUCGGUAGUUUCAAACUAACGAACUAAUACAUUUACUAUACAGGUAAUAACACAGAAAAAAUUCAGAAUAAAGAAGAAAAUGUCAAUUAAAGUCCAUUUUCUUCACAGUGGGUCAUCAUUUACAGGAGCUGGUUGUCCCUGCGACCGCUCUGCUCGGCGGCCCCGCCCCGCCCCCCUGGUCAUGUUGUUUUGAAUACUGCAUUAGUAUCAUUCACUAAAAUAAGAACUGAAGAGAAUUGCAAACUUAGACAAGCUGGGAAAUAGUUUGGAGAAUUUACUUCAGUUUGGCCUGAAAUGUUCAAUUUUCAUAUCAUUUUUUUUCUUUAAGCUACAUAGAAGGAUAAAGGGCUUUCUAUGAGCUACAACUAUCAAGAUCCUUAAAUCCAUAUGACAUUUUCAAACUGUACGUGCAUUAUCUUCUUUCAUCGUGAUCCUUUCUAAGCUUAGUCUCGUUCCAGUGUAGAAGAGCAAGUUAUUUGUUCUUUUUUUUGGGUGUCCAUAAAGCACAUUUUUCUAUAUGUCCCCGCAAAUCAUGUAUUAUGUUGUUCAGAAUAAUUUUCUCUCUGAAAAUAAACAGUACCUUUUUGGUAACUACACUUACCCCUUAAUCCCUUACAUGCAAGUGAUACAUUAAACAGAAUACAAAAAUAGACAUUUGCUAAAACGCAAUUUUUUUAUACCAUAAUUACAACGGAGGUUAUUUAAAAAAAAAAAAAAAGGGGGACAUUAGGGAUUCUGAUGGGGGUGUGGGCAACGUCAGCUCUUAUCUCAAGACUCAUUCAAGUUCACUGAGUGGGAGUGAGACGAGGCUGUUCCUUGAUUAGGGGCACUGAGGUAAUGAGGGAGGUGCCUGUUGCCAAACUUGUGUCCCCUUUGCUAUAGGUGCUCCUGUCACCUCUGCCUUUGCGUUAUUGGGAAGAGCUGAUCCAAUCCCCCAUCACCUUGAAAAGUGAAAAGACAAGAAGGCUUGUGGAGGGCUUAAAAUAUAUCCUCCUGCCCAGAAAGGAUGUGCCCUCUUAUGAACUCAAACAAGAAUAUGUCAGACAGUCCAGACACUGUUACAAACUUUUGCAUGGAUAUUGUGUUGCAUAGCGAUGUAUGUUGGCAGAAGGUUCCUUGUCACAGGUAAUGUGUUACCCAUGAGAAGGGUUUGCAUUUGCAUAUCUUUGCAUUUUGUGACAAUGCAGCAGUGUUUGUGCAUUUAAAUGUAGGCAUGUUUUUUUUUACAGAGAAUGUGUGUGAUCUUAGGGAUGUAUUUGUAUGUUCUGUUGCCAUUGGAAUGCAAUGGUCUACUUGUGUGUAGUGUUUGCGUUUGAAUGCAGGGUUGUAUUUCAUGUAGUACUGGUUCCUAAAUGCAGUUGUGCUAUUGUGUGUAGUGUUGAUGUUUGAAUGUAGGGAUGUGUUUGCAUUUUGUGUUUGUGUUUGAUUGCUGGGAUAUAUGCACAUACACUGCCACAUACACACUUACAGAGAUAAAUAUACACAUUAGCAUAGAUACCCACAAAUAAACACACUGACACACACACAUUCAAACACACACACACAUAUACACACACUCAAAUACACCCACUGACACAUACACACACUCAGAUACACACACUGACACAUACAAUCACACUCAGAUACACACUAUUGAUACAUACACACAGCUUGACACACAGAUACACAUACACACUGACAGAUACACAGACUGAUAUAUACACAGAUGCACAGACUGACAUAUACACACACCACACAGAUAUGCAGACUGCUAUAAACACGCAAAUACACAAACUGACAUAUACACAAACUGACACACUGACUGACAUAUACUCACACUGACUGACAUACACAAACUGUCACAUACAUACAUAUCAUAGGUUUAAUAUUUUCAGCCACCCUCCUGUUAACAUACCUUUUUAUGUGACAUUUUCUGUUUUGAGCAGUCCUAAAAGUAUGAAAUGUCUCUUUCCAAAGUGAUACACGUUACAAUACACAUUUGUUUAGAAAUCUUUUACCUUGUUUGAACUGCUAUUACAGUAAUAUAUUACUUAAUUUCCACUAAUUCUAAUGCCCAUAACUUCAGAGAUGACCUUUUCAUUCUCUAGAUUCUCUUUUUCUGUAAGUAUGCUUUCCUUCUGUAUAAUUCAUUAUCAACAAAGAGGUUGAUGCCUUUGUACUAGGCUAUUGAACUCAGGAGACAGAUGUUAUUAGCAAACCUUCUGAGUCAUACGACUCAAGCCAGGGCUUUUCCUGCUGAAACCGAGGUUUAGCAUUUAAUCCAAAUCCAAACAAGGCAUUUAAUAUCUCCCACUGGCUUAUUCCUGAUGAAGAGAAGUCCUAACUGCUGACUCAAAACACAGGGCAAACUCAUCCAUCAGUUGAUAACAUGGAGGUCAGGGAUACUGAACUGCCUAUGUAAAUCUUACUGCAAUUAAAGAGCCAUGGCCGCAAACACAUUGGAGAAGAAACAGCUGGACUACAACUACAUGUCUUACGUGAAAAAUAAACAGAAAUAAGGAUUGAGCAAACGUGCAUCUAAAAUCGAAGCAGUGGGUGAACAAACAUACAGUCUUUUGGGAUUGCUUGUAACUCCAAUUUUCCAUAUAAGACAUUUUUGCACAUAUUAAAUUGCAUUUAUUAUACGAUUUAGGUUCACUUGGAAUCAACUAUGGACUGAUUUCCCCCGGACAAUUGUUUUGUGAUUUUUUUUCAGUAGCAUGCCACACUGUUGCAACUAUUUGUAUCAUUAACCCCUUAAGGACCAAACUUCUGGAAUAAAAGGGAAUCAUGACAUGUCACACAUGCCGUGUGUCCUUAAGGGGUUAAAGGGACACUAUAGGCACGGUAACUGCUUCAUCUUAUUGAAGUGGUUAUAGUAACAUAGAAACAUAGAAUGUGACGGCAGAUAAGAACCAUCCGGCCCAUCUAGUCUGCCCAAUUUUCUAAAUACUCUCAUUAGUCCCUGGCCUUAUCUUAGAAUUAGGAUAACCUUAUGCCUAUCCCACGCAUGCUUAAACUCCUUCACUGUGUUAACCUCUACCACUGCAGCUGGAAGGCUAUUCCAUGCAUCCACUACCCUCUCAGUAAAUCUGUGUCUGGGGUCUUCUGGCUCUAUCCUUUCUUUCAACAUUAAGACAUUUUUAAUGAUUUUGUGAUAUACGAGAGUUCACAGUAGCCCAUCCCCUCUCUGUUGCUCAGGUUAAUGAGGAAGCAUUGGCCGAGCAGCAAUGGACAGCUGUGAGUGCCUAUCACAUAGCCCAUUGCUGAUAUGAAUUGGUAUGGCUAGAAAAAAUUGUGUAUUCUCUGCUUUAGACACACCCACAAUGGGCAUGAGGCUACGGGAAGCCAGGGACCUUCUUUCAGUGUUAAACUACUCAAAAAUGGUUUAACACUGAAUGGAGGAACAGUGCCAGGGGACUCCAGGCACCAUAACCAAUUCAAUAAGAUGAAAUGGUUAUAGUGCCUUCAGUGUUUUAAUUUUUUUUAAAAAAGCUUUCCAGAUGUAAGCAUGUUUUUUUUCCGUUUGAUUUACAUAUUUAUUUCUCUAGCAAAGUUAGAAUUUAACAGAGAGGUCAAGCCCCAAAAAAUAUGUACACGGACCCUUCAGUUUCAUCACCCCCUUUCCAUCCAGUAACUCUCUUCAUCCCACUUCAUCCCAAAAUUCUAAUUUUCUUCCCACUCUUAUCAUCCAUCCCAAAAUUCAAAUUUGCUGUUAAAAUACCUAAAUCCUAUUUCUUAGGGUUUUCUAUUGACAUACCAAACAGAAUGUUUAAAUGGGCUCUUACAGUGACAGAAAAAAAAGUAUUUGAUUUCCUGUUAAUUUAAACGUUUCUCCACCAACAAAGAAAUGAUUAGUCUAUAAUUUAUAAUUUGGUCUAUACAUGCAAAUCAAUUUAUAACUUUGUUGACAUGCGUUGUGUUUUGUUAUUCUGUCUCUAACUGUUAAAAUACACCUACCAUUAAAAUUAUACACUUGUCAGUGGACAAACGUUCAAAAUCAGAAGGGGAUCAAAUACUUUUUUCCCCUCACUGUAAUUGCAAAACAUACAUAGUUAAAAUCAGAUUUGCUAACUCCAUCAGAGAGAUCAAGCUCAACAAAGAGGAAAUGUUGGUUAAUAAAAUAAAAACACGGACAACAGGAGCAGUAACAACUUUAUUGACACUCACAGAACAGACAUAUGGACCUGCAUCACAGGGGAGGCCAAAACUGGAAUUAUCAAACUUAACAGUCCGUAGUCAUUUUCUGUUGACAUAUGUGUAAUACCUUUCUGGCAAUUACCCUCUCACUCUACUUACUAUUGCCCUCUUGGUGUAUCUUACCUCUGUAUAUGUUGCUGCCCCUGAGUGUUGGAAUGAUGUGUGUAAAGGAAUAUUUAUAGCGAAGUAUAGCCUAAAAAUAAGUCGCCUUGUGUGUACAUAAGAACUUUGCAUAUCUGCAGACAUAGCAAUAUUGUGGUAAUAUUAUUUUAAAAAAUAGGCAUAUUUUCUUCUAUUAAACUCCAAUAUCCAUUCCGUUCUUCAGGACCAUCUCACAUCACUAUGCAUUAUACUCCCGUCAUCACAGUAUUAUUCACAUUCAACAUAUAUACAAAGAUGACAUUUUAACAACUCCUAGCUCAAUGGAAGCUGGGGCUUUCUGCUACUAACCCACCCAAUUACUGGCAGCAUGUCAAGAUGUCAAAAUGAUGACUGGCUUAUGUAAAAGUAAAAGAACAAGAUUCAAGGCUCUAGUGCAGCGGGGACUCAUGAAAACUCUAUAUAUGUAGAAGGAGCUAAGUUUCCACGCUUCUUACUGUGAAAGGGGGAGCAUUGCAUACAGUACAGGAGCAUACAUACAGAUCACCAAGUAUUUUAAAAUUACUGAGAAACCAAUUAAGAAAUGAGCUAUCAUCAUUCGGCUUUUAAAUUCCAAAUGAUCUGUAUAUAUCUUGUGCUUUUCCCUUCACAUGAAUCAGACAACAUCUUGAUGGAUGAAAAAGCUGCUGGGGUGGUCUGCAUAUUUUACCAGCCUAUUCCAGCCUCUAAUGAGCCAGGAGUGAUUAAAAUAUCAGCUUUCUAGGUAUUCUAAAUGAGUGUUAUGUUGUAUGAAUGAAUUCUAAUUCUUCAUAUUUUGGUAACUUACUAUUGCACCCAAACCACUAGUAUGUGUUAUAUCCAGUGACAAGUGACAAGAGAUGGAGACUCUGGCCUGUAGAAGAUAACUUUGUAUUGCUAUAUCUUCAGUAUUGCAAAUUCUCAUAUACACAAUGAGGUUAUUUUUUAUUUUAUGCUAUGUUUUGCAUACUUUUAUUUCUAUGUUCCACCAUACCUGCACACAGGGGUGUUAAAAUAAAAGAAGUUACAGAAAAAAAGGAAGAUACAGAAAGUUGGAGAGAGUAAAGUCAUCGAUUUUCUGGUGACUCAGUCUUGGUAUGGGGUCUCACAGAGCCCCCAGCAAUGUACACUGGGUAUGGGGUAAUAUAGAGCCCCCAGCAAUGUGCACUGUGUAUGGGGUAUUAUAGAGCCCCCAGCAAUGUGCAGUGUGUAUGGGGUAUUAUAGAGCCCCCAGCAAUGUGCACUGUGUAUGGGUUAUUAUAGAGCCCACAGCAAUGUGCACUGUGUAUGGGAUAUUAUAGAGCCCCCAGCAAUGUGCACUGUGUAUGGGUUAUUAUAGAGCCCCCAGCAAUGUACACUGUGUAUGGGGUAAUAUAGAGCCCCCAGCAAUGUGCACUGUGUAUGGGGUAUUAUAGAGCCCCCAGCAAUGUGCAGUGUGUAUGGGGUAUUAUAGAGCCCCCAGCAAUGUGCACUGUGUAUGGGUUAUUAUAGAGCCCCCAGCAAUGUGCACUGUGUAUGGGGUAUUACAGAGCCCCCAGCAAUGUGUACUGUGUAUGGGAUAUUAUAGAGCCCCCAGCAAUAUGCACUGUGUAUGGGGUAUUAUAGAGCCCACAGCAAUGUGUACUGUGUAUGGGGUAUUACAGAGCCCCCAGCAAUGUGCAGUGUGUAUGGGGUAUCACAGAGCACCCAGCAAUGUGUAUGGGGUAUUGCAGAACCCCCAGCAAUGCGCACUCUGUAUGGGGUAUUGCAGAACCCCCAGCAAUGCGCACUAUGUAUAGGGGUAUUACAGAGCCCCCAGCAAUGCGCACUAUGUAUGGGGUAUUGCAGAACCCCCAGCAAUGCGCACUAUGUGUGGGGUAUUACAGAGCCCCCAGCAAUGCGCACUAUGUAUGGGGUAUUGCAGAACCCCCAGCAAUGCGCACUAUUUGUGGGGUAUUACAGAGCCCCCAGCAAUGCGCACUAUGUGUGGGGUAUUACAGAGCCCACAGCAAUGCACACUAUGUAUGGGGUAUUGCAGAACCCCCAGCAAUGCGCACUAUUUGUGGGGUAUUACAGAGCCCCCAGCAAUGCGCACUAUGUGUGGGGUAUUACAGAACCCACAGCAAUACGCACUAUGUAUGGGGUAUUGCAGAACCCCCAGCAAUGCGCACUAUGUGUGGGGUAUUACAGAGCCCCCAGCAAUGCGCACUAUGUAUGGGGUAUUGCAGAACCCCCAGCAAUGCGCACUAUGUGUGGGGUAUUACAGAGCCCCCAGCAAUGUGUAUGGGGUAUUGCAGAGCCCCGAGCAAUAUGCACUGUGUAUGGGGUAUUGCAGAACCCCCAGCAAUGCGCACUAUGUAUAGGGGUAUUGCAGAACCCCCAGCAAUGCGCACUAUGUAUGGGGUAUUGCAGAACCCCCAGCAAUGCGCACUCUGUAUGGGGUAUUGCAGAACCCCCAGCAAUGCGCACUAUGUAUAGGGGUAUUACAGAGCCCCCAGCAAUGCGCACUAUGUAUGGGGUAUUGCAGAACCCCCAGCAAUGCGCACUAUGUGUGGGGUAUUACAGAGCCCCCAGCAAUGCGCACUAUGUAUGGGGUAUUGCAGAACCCCCAGCAAUGUGCACUAUUUGUGGGGUAUUACAGAGCCCCCAGCAAUGCGCACUAUGUGUGGGGUAUUACAGAGCCCACAGCAAUGCGCACUAUGUAUGGGGUAUUGCAGAACCCCCAGCAAUGCGCACUAUUUGUGGGGUAUUACAGAGCCCCCAGCAAUGCGCACUAUGUGUGGGGUAUUACAGAACCCACAGCAAUACGCACUAUGUAUGGGGUAUUGCAGAACCCCCAGCAAUGCGCACUAUGUGUGGGGUAUUACAGAGCCCCCAGCAAUGCGCACUAUGUGUGGGGUAUUACAGAGCCCCAGCAAUGCGCACUAUGUAUGGGGUAUUGCAGAACCCCCAGCAAUGCGCACUAUUUGUGGGGUAUUACAGAGCCCCCAGCAAUGCGCACUAUGUGUGGGGUAUUACAGAGCCCACAGCAAUGCGCACUAUGUAUGGGGUAUUGCAGAACCCCCAGCAAUGCGCACUAUUUGUGGGGUAUUACAGAGCCCCCAGCAAUGCGCACUAUGUGUGGGGUAUUACAGAACCCACAGCAAUGCGCACUAUGUAUGGGGUAUUGCAGAACCCCCAGCAAUGCGCACUAUGUGUGGGGUAUUGCAGAACCCCCAGCAAUGCGCACUAUGUGUCGGGUAUUGCUGAACCCCCAGCAAUGCGCACUAUGUGUGGGGUAUUGCAGAACCCCCAGCAAUGCGCACUAUGUAUGGGGUAUUGCAGAACCCCCAGCAAUGCGCACUAUGUGUGGGGUAUUGCAGAACCCCCAGCAAUGCGCACUAUGUGUGGGGUAUUACAGAGCCCACAUGAAUGUGCAUAGGUUAUUGCAGAGCCAAGCAAGGUGUACUGUGUAUGUGCUAUUGCAGAGACCCAAGUAACGUGUAAUGUAAGAGGCAGUGGCAGAACUUAUGUAAUGAGGGCUCUGGUGCAAGAAAAUUUUUUAGGCCCCCUUAGCAAGGGUGGCCAAAAAGCAGAUUCCCACUUGUCAUACAUCUCCUAUGAUGUGUUGCCACUGAAGAACUAACAUUUAACCAUCCUUGCAGGUUUUUUAUUUUGUGGGCAGUGUUUGGAUGUUUGAAUUUGGAUUUAUGCUGGAUAAAAUUAUAAACGCAACAUUUUUGUUUUUGCUCCCAUUUUUCAUGAGCUGAACUUAAAGAUCUAAGACUUUUUUAUGUACACAAAAGGCCUGUUUCUCUCAAAUAUUGUUCACAAAUCUGACUUAAUCUGUGUUAGUGAGCACUUCUCCUUUGCUGAGAUAAUCCAUCCUCCUCACAGGUGUGGCUGAUUAGACAGCAUGAUUAUUGCACAGGUGUGUCUUAGGCUGGCCACAAUAAAAGGCCACUCUCUGUAUAUGUACUGUUGCCAAUUGAUAGCAGUGGUGACGUUAUGUGUAUCAUAGUUGCCAACUGUCCUGUUUUUUGCCAGGACAGUCCUGGCAAACUGUAGUCUGUCCCGGACAAUUUACUCUCUGCCGACAGUCCCGGCAACUUGCAAGGCCAUGUGCUUUUAUUAUUUUCCCUCGGACUGUUACAGUCUAAGGGAAUUCAGGACAGAGCUGCUGGGGGCUGGAGAGAGAUGCUGGGGCCAGAGGGAGCACUGACAGUCUCCCUUCCGAUUUCCCAGCAGCUUGUGUGUAUUCAGCAGCCUGUGUGCAUUCAGCAGUCUGUCUGUGUGUACUCAUCAGUGUGUAAUGAAGUGAGUUUGACCUCACGAAACGCAUAAGGUUUCCUCAAUCUUCACUAUCUGGAAACUGUCUGCACAGAGCAACGCACAUCGAGCCGCAGUGGAACGAACACGGUUAUCAUCUAAACAGCCGAACACGGUUAUCAUCUAAACAGCCGUCUCUCAUCUCGGAAUCCCCAGCUGUCUCCCAAGCUGGCACAAAGUAGACAGUCACAUAGGAGCACCCAGGCUGUUAGGAUUGAGACUCUUCGAGCGUAUCUAAUGGUGCUGCAGAUGUUGUGAGCGGAUUUUAAUACUUAUUUUAUGUACAAAUAAAUUUUUAUUUGGAAAGCACGAUGUCUCUGCACUUUCUAUUGUAGAGUCAUCCCAUCUGAUUAUGGUGCAUACAAAGAAACUAUCCAGAUCCUGGUGGUCUUCUUACCUAUGAAAGAUUAUACCCACUUAAAUCUGAUAUAUCAAACUAUUAUGACAUUGGGAUUUUAGUUUUGAUACUAGAUUUUACAGUUUAGUAGGCAGGCUCCCUGGCAGUUUCCACAGCAGAGAUUUUCUGCUUAUUAUUGGUAUGAGCUGUUACAUUUGUGGACUCUGGGACUUACACAUUGAUACUUUAUUGAUGCUAAUUUGUAUAUAUUUUGCAUUUAGACAUUCAUUUUACUGCAUGAGGUGUAUUCUACAUUAAAGGGACACUAUAGUCACCUGAACAACUUUAGCUUAAUGCUUCAGUUUUGGUGUAUAGAACAUACCCCUGCAGCCUCAUUGCUCAAUCCUCUGCCAUUUAGGAGUUAAAUCCCUUUGUUUAUGAACCCUAGUCACACCCCCCUGCAUGUGACUUGCACAGCCUUCCAUAAACACUUCCUGUAAAUGUGAUUAAAGUUCAAUUUAGAGAUUGAGAUACAAUUAAUUAAGGUAAAUUACAUCUGUUUGAAAUUGAAACCAGUUUUUUUUUCAUGCAGGCUCUGUCAAUCAUAGCCAGGGGAGGUGUGGCUAGGGCUGCAUAAACAGAAACAAAGUGAUUUAACUCCUAAAUGACAGUGAAUUGAGCAGUGAAAUUGCAGGGGAAUGAUCUAUACACUAAAACUGAUUUAUUUAGCUAAAGUAAUUUAGGUGACUAUAGUGUUCCUUUAAUUAUUGCAUGUAAUAUUUUCUCACCGUUUAGUUGACAUACCCUUCAGACCAAUUAGUGUGCUGCUAUUGAUUUAUCCAACCUUUCCAGAUAUAUAUGUGAUAGACUAUUUUGUUUACUUCUUUCCUCUAUAUAACCGAGAGAUAAUUUUCCCCCUUCUGUUACAUUUUUUAUCUUAACAUUUAUCUGUGUAUAUAUUGGUACAUAGUUGUAUAUCUAUGUGGAAACAGUAUUCAAAGGAAUGAGAUUAAAAUACAAUCUUUGUUUCUACUAUUGGGACUAUUAUAAUUUAGCAAAUAUACUAUUCAUUGAUUAUUUUUUUUUGUAUCUCUUAUGCACCAUAACUACUUCUGGUACCAGUUAGAAUUUAUUGGAGCUAAGGGCAUGCGGUACCCUCCCCCCCCAGACUCAACAGCCUGUCCCUGCAACCCCCCAUCCCCAGCCCUCUCGGCAAGGGCUCCCUAACACGCAGCCAGUGACUAUUUCCUUCGGCCAGUGCCAGGUGUGACAGUGCAUGGUGGAGUUGCCCUAGUAGCGGGUUUCCUGUGUUUGCAGCCAGAUUCCCAUAAGUCUGCCAUCCUUUUCCUGCGGCUCCCCACCCACCCACAUCCGAAGUGCCUUGUAGUGCCCAGUGUGAGAUUGAGGGGGCAUCUGCCGGCCUAGGGCUUCGUAGUGUGUUCCCUCUUUCUCUCUCCAACCAACUCACCACCCAGUCUUGGGCUCUCCUCAGAACAUAUUCAGUUCGUGCCAAUGGGAGAGUGCCGGGGUGCAAGGGUGUACAGUACAUACCCGGCUCUCGCUGUCCUGGUGCCUGCAGAGGGCCAUGGUGUGAGGCGAGCCUCUGUGGGGCCGCACGGCUGGGGGUGCCACUUGUCUCCUUAUUCUUUGGGGCCGUUUGGCCCAAAACAGCGUUGGUGAGGCCUAGGCGCGGCACCCUUGGCUGGUGGUUGCGGUCGGGCCGGUAGGCUGAGCUGGUGGAUAAUCUAGGAUCCAGUUCAGGAUUGGUACAUUCGGUAGGCCCACAGCCCGUAAAAAGCAGGGUCAUCGUUAGGCCAACGUACCAUGUGCCAGUGGUUGUCGACUUUGGCUUGCAGGCUAAACGGGAAUCCCCACUUGUAGUGUAUCUUCCUUUCAGGCUGGUGAGCAGUUUCAAUGCUCAGGGUGCGUCCAGAGUGACGGUUGAUAGGUCCUGGUAAAGUGAUAGUUGGGAGUCCAUGUAUCUGAUGGUACGUUGAGUUCUUGCUGUCCUCAUUAUAGUUUCCUUAAGCUGGAAUGACAUCAGGCAGCAGAUCAAGUCCCUGGGUAGGCCAUCUUUCCUGGGCGCUCUGAGUGCCCUGUGGGCGCUCUCUAUGCCAAACUCUUGUGGGGCCCCCUCCCCUAAAAUAUGUGCAAUCAGGCCCGAUAGUAGCCCCUGGGGGGAUUCCCCUUCUGAUUCAGGCAUGCCUCUGAUGCAAAUAUUAUUGCGUCGGCCCCUGUUGUCGAGAUCUUCCACUUGGCUCCGGAGGUCCAGGAUUAUGUUACCUUGCUGUGAUGUGGCCAAUUCUGUGGCCUGCAGAUGUUGGGAUGUUUGCAGGCGGUUUUUCUCCAAGUCAUCUACCCGCUGUUCGAGUGCUGAGAGAUCCCUGCACACUGCUGUGAUUUUCUUGCAGAUAAUGGAGCGGAGUUCAGCUACCAUUUCGGUCUUGUCUCUGUGGGUGAACAUAUUUGCGGAUAUCGCUGCCAGGUCUGCAUCACAUCAGUGUCUCUCCCCUUGUGGAUUCCUGAGUGGAGCCUGCUAAGCUGCUGGAGCCAGGAGAGGGUGCUUUGGAGGCCCUGUGGCGUGGACAGGUAGUCAUCCAUGGGACCCGGCUGUUGACCCGUAGGGGCUAUGUUCAACGGUCCUGGGGUGGUAACUUGUGCGGGUUGGGGCCUAGGAGCUUGUGCAGUGUGCAUCCUACUCCAUCAGUAGCCAAGCCACUCCCCCCCCAAAUCAGCUAUUUUUAGCUCUGAUAAUUUCUCCAACACAGCCAUAAUCACAACCUGGCAAUUUUUCCAUUCAGAUUUUUUUUCAUUCCUAAAAGAGUUUAGUUAGUAAUCCAACCCGUUUAAGAAUAAAAAGUUUGCUUUUAAAAAUGAAACAAUGACAGAAAUCAGUUAAAAUUGGGUCAAACAAGAAUAUUCCCUCCCAGCGUGAGAACUGCAGUAUUGUGUUAUUUAUGUUUUCCUAGCCCAAGGGUCUGGACUAGAUCACCAGACUUUUUACUUUGCCAAAAAUAGCCAGAUUAUUCUAAGCGGUGGAACGGUCCCAACCAAAAGGACACAUAAUAAGAUUUACACAUGAAUUCCUGGCUUUUCACCUAAAAGCCAUUUAACGUAAAAAGGAGAUUUACUUUCAGUAUGUCAACAGGGUUUAUGAUUUUAAUAAUAUGUGUACAUGAUUUAUCACUUGCAUUAGAACAGUGCUACCUAAUGGGUGUAGGCAGUUAUUAUAGCUAAUGAUCUGCCAACUAUCACCUACACAUUUGGGACAACUUUCUCAUUAAUCAAUUACUAAUCUAGCAGCAGAAUUUGUAUCCACAGAAUUAAUUUUUCUGGGAAGAGGAAAUUUAACACAUGCACCCACUGUAUAUUACUUCUUGCUGUGAAGGGGAUGAUCUUCUGUUCAUGUCUAUAUAAAAGGGGCAGAUAUCUAUGCUUUGGUAAUUACAGACAUCAUCAGCAUGAUUUCAUGAUUAUUAUUAUUUAUAUAGCGCCAGCAAAAUUCCGUAGCGCUGUUCAUGAUAAAAUUUGUCAAAUAGAACACCAGGAGAAUAUGUAUCAGUCUGAUCAUCUGCUUCAUAAAUAAGGAGAGGAGACUGUAAAGAGAAUGUCUGUGUAGGGAUUCCCAUUAGUGUUAAUUUUGUCGACUAAAACUAAAAUAAUUCAGAUGACUAAAAUACGACUAAAACGGCUUUUUAGUCAAGACUAUGACUAAAACUAAUUUUAAAUUUGCAGCCAAAAGGAACACUGCUUCCCAUACCUCCAUUCUAUCCACACUCUACCCCCAUUCUAUCCACACUCUACCCCCAUUCUAUCCACACUCUACCCCCAUUCUAUCCACACUCUACCCCCAUUCUAUCCACACUCUAUCCCCAUUCUAUCCACACUCUACCCCCAUUCUAUCCACACUCUUUCCCCAUUCUAUCCACACUCUACCACCAUUCUAUCCACACUCUACCCCCUUUCUAUCCACACUCUAUCCCCAUUCUAUCCACACUAUAUCCCCAUUCUAUCAACACUCUACCCCCAUUCUAUCCACACUUGAAUAGGCCGCAUUUGUUCGAUUUUGCCUCCGGUGGGCCUCUGUCUCACUUCCAACCUCCGCUGUGUGCUGCAGGCAGGUCGGGAUGCAGAUGAGUCGGUGGGUGAGUGAUUUUUUUCAGCUUGAACUUGUUAAUGACGGCUUGUAUUGCCCGAGUAGGAGAGGAGCCCAGGCAAGAUGCGACUCUCCAGCAUGGCAGCCAGGCCCUGCCCCCCUCUCUUUAUUUAUUUUUAAUAACAGGAUUGGUUGAUGAUAUCUCCAUAUAUGCAAUGCAAAAAGUGGCUUGCUGCCUCUUUAUUACCCUGCAUUGUAGGUUCUAGAAUGGACUGUUUUGUUAAUUUUGUUUAAUUGUUAUUUUAUUUUUGCACUACUACACGAACUGCCAUGUGGGUGGCUUUACUGGUGUUUCACUUUGAUAAUCCAUUAACUAAGGGAAUCCAUUGCAUGCUACUAUAGAGUUGGGUAAUUGAAACAUCUGUUUAGCAGCUGUUGAUUCAAUUAAUUGUAAGGAGUGUAGACCGAUUGCUUUAAAUUCUUCUUGGAAAAGAAACUAUAUAUAUUCAGUGAUUUGUUGUCACAUGUGUUAAGUGCACUGGAACUUAUUCCGGUUAUGUGCUAUGUAUAAUUUCAUAGAUGGAGCCACGUGCCAUGGCAAAACAUGCUUUGGUUGGCCCAUGCAGAACUUGCAGUCUCCAUUAAUGGGCCAGUGAGGGAGAUUGUUGAUCUUGCAAGCUCCGGCACUUUCGCUGGUAGUAUUUAAAAGUUGCUAUGGUGUCCUGCACCAAUGCUCUGACACUAUCAGAGCCACAUCUUGCUAAAAAAAUACACAACGUCUGCACCUGGUGAAUGUGCAGACCAGAGGAGUUCACAGGUGGACCACCAGGAAUGUCAUGUGGUCUGUUACCAGAGAAGGCCCAUGGUAGGGUGGAGGGGACCAAAAGAGUCAUUGCACUACGCGACAACAAACUUAGUGGCAAUGAUUACAGGGAAUGCAAUAUAAUAUAUACAUGUAUAUUACAUACCAACAUGUAUAUUUGAAAAAUUAUUCAAAGUAUAAUUUUAACCCCUCCAUUUAAUCUUAACCUGUACAAACUAUAGAUUUGGAAUCCACAUACAGCUACAUUCUAUCCCUAAAAGUAAUUGCAGAAUCCUGGCCUCACCUUUGCACCUCAUGUCCAGUCUGUUGCUAAAACCUGUCGAUUCCAGCUUAAAAACAUUGCCCGCAUAGGCCCCUUUCUUAACCCAAGAUGCUGCCAAGGAGCUUGUUCAUGCUCUAGUAAUCUCUUGCAUGGAUUACUGUAAUUCCCUCCUAAUUGGUCUCCCCAGAAGCCAUACUGCCCCCCUACAAUCUGUGAUGAAUGCUGCUGCCAGGCUGAUUUUUCUCUCCUGUCGCUCAUCUCACACCUCACCCCUCCGGUGACCCUUAUACUGGCUUUCUGUAACCUACAGGUAUCAAUUCAAAAUACUAACCCUUACCUAUAAAGCCCUAACCAACUCCAGCCCCUCUUACAUUUCUUCACUGAUUCUUAGGUAUGCCCCCUCUCGGUCUCUCCGGCUCCGUUCCACUGAUAAAUUUCUCCCGUCUGCUGCUCACACCCUUACUGCAAAUUCACGCCUGCAAGACUACUCACGGGCGGCUCAUUUUCUUUGGAACAGCCUGCCUACCCCUGUCAGACUCUCCCCUAGUCUUCAAUCCUUUAAAAAGUCCAUCAAAACCCAUCGUUUCAGGAUUGCUUAUAGCAUCCAAGAGCAACUUCUAUCUCUCAAACCUUCAUCUUGUUCUCUACUAAAGGGCCACACUCCACUCUCACCUCCAGUUCUGCUACUUUCCCACCAUGUCUAUUUGCUGUCUCUCUCAAUACCCUUCCUAUUGUGUUUUUAUACCCCACCUCCUCUUAUUGUUCCUGUUACAUUUUUGUUAUUGUCUCAUUUGGUAAAUUCCCCUCUUAUUGUAAAGCGCUGUGGAAUAAGCUGGCACUAAAUAAAUAAUAACCAAUAAUAAUUAUUAUACCAUUUGUAUCUAUUAGAGUAGGAGUGCCCAAAUGAUAGAUCCCCAGAUUAUAGAACUACAACCCCCAUGAUGCUUUGCAUGCCUUUAGAGUGCAUUUGGAAGGGCAAAGCAUCAUGGAGCCUUUCGUUUUUUAAAACAUCUCUCAAACACCCCUGAUUUAGAGUUUGAGAGACAGCCGCCCUGCUGUUUAUAGUCACUAUAGUGUAAGAGAAGAAAAACAAUUCAGGUUGUUAUAUGUUUUGAUCUAUACAUUUGCUGUUGAUCUCACAAGGAUGGACUUUCAUGCAAUUAGUGGAUGAUAGGUUAACUGUAAGGGCAAGAAUCAGAUAAUGCAAGUUUCUUAGAAAUGAUAUAACAAUGCCAUUUAAAGUUCCUAUUUGGCUUUUUUGGAAGAAUUAGUACACAAACAACAGUGCUGUUUAACAGUACAUAUAAACACUAAUAAACAUGUUCUACUAGAAUUAGACUAUACCAUGCCAGGUUGUAGAUUUUAUUGGCUAAAUUUGUCAGUGACCGGGGCAUGUGUCAGGUACUACAGGAAAUAGAUAUCUCCUACUAGGAACCUGCAGCACUUUGGCACAGUUUAGUAAAUGUUAAAUUGCGAAACGUUGGAGAGUGUAAAACGUCUAUUAUUUGCAUGUAGCAUUAUCUAUCAGAUAAAAAUUUGACUUCAUGGCAUGUGUUUACACAGAUCUGUGAGUUGCUUUCCUAUUGCCCUUGUACACAUUGAUCAUAUGUAGAUUGUUUUAGAGAUUCGCUUUUUUUCUCAUAAUUAGCAAUAGAGCAAAUCAGCACUGGCUAAACAUAUACUGAAAUAAACUGGAUAGAUAAGAAUUGGAGACCAUUUUUCAUAACCCAACUGUCAACAUGAAAUUUACAACAUAAAAAAAUGUUAUGUUAAACUUUUUGUUAAAACAGAUCCUGUGCAAAUGUAAUUAUAAUGUGUGUGUGUGUGUAUAUAGGUAUUUCAGUCGACCAUGGUGUUUUCUUAAAGAUGUCUUCAGAACCAUGGCUUAGUGGAUCCUAGGAGACAGGCAGGGGCAUUGGUGGGGAGGAGGCAUAGAGGGCUGAAGCCCUGUAUGAGGAAUACAAGUCAUAUGGGGUCCUUUAGUUUAGCAACCCCUGUGUUCCUCAUACUGAGGGUAGCACUAGCAUAGAUAUCAGAGCCUUCUGUGAUUCAUUUUAUAUAUGACUAAAAUGAAUAUUAUAGUUUGUCAACUCAAAGAUAUGAGAGAAAGAGUGAAGAGCACAGGAAGAGAGCACACUGAGGACCACCAUUCUUUCUCCUGUUAGAUAACCAGCGAUGGUGGCCAGGUUUAGAACAGUCUGGGUUGGGAGACAGCAAGAUGCUCUUUAAAUAUUUUGAAAACAUCCAUGCAUAGUAUCCACUGAUAUUUAGUUGAACCUCUGUCACCAUGAAUGUACAUGAUAGCAGCAUGAAAUCUGUGUAUGGUUCAAAUUACAGAAGGAUGGACAGGGGGAAAAGGAACGGGCAGAAAAUCACUGGUGAUUGAGUGUUUCUUAUUUGUUUUUCUCUGUCUUAGGAUGAAACGGACAAUAUUUCCUGCCAGGAACAAAUCAAUCGAUCCAUCUACUGGGCAGAUGGUUUUGUGUUUGUAUACUCAAUCACAGACUACAACAGCUACCGGGUGAUUAGACCUCUUUUCCAGCAUUUGCGUAAAAUUCACCCCAAUACCAAGAUCCCUCUUCUUCUGGUGGGCAAUAAAGCUGACCUUUUGAGGGCCAGACAAGUGGAUUUUGACGAGGGUCUCCAGCUGGCUAACGAACUGACCGGAUCCUAUGCUGAGGUAUCUGCCCGUGAAAACUAUGAGGGAGUAUAUGGUGCUUUUUACCAAUUAUGCCAAGAAGUAGGCAAGAUGCUCUUCAGCUGUAAUGGGGAGAAACGGAGGGGACUUCAUCUUGUGCGACCCCGAUCUCCCAACAUGCAGGAUCUGAAAAGACGCUUCAAACAGGUGUUGUCAUCUAAAGUGAAGUCGACGACUACCCUCUGACCACAGCCUGAACGGAAAUUUAUUAGAACAUCUUUAAGAAUUUUGUCUAGUGUAUGAAACAUCAAACAAUGAUAUUAUUUGGUUCCAGUUGCUGCGCAAACGAUUUGUGCCAUUUUUAAUGUAAGUGCAUGGCACACUUGUCAUGGAUGCUACGCUUCCAUCAUUUUGAGGAGUAAAAGGGUGAAUCACAAGCCUGUUUAUUUUGCAAAUAAUUUUAUUUUUAUGAUUAAAAUCCACAUAAAUUACCGUUACAAUCCCACAAUUUGAAACAUGAUUCCCUAUUGAAGAAAAUUUUUAUUUUUAUUUUUUAUCUUUAAAAUACUUCAAAUCCAUAGCUUUCCGUGGUAAUGUGUAGUAUAGGCAGAAGUAAGCUGAAAAUCACAAAUUUACAGGUGCUCCAGAGCAUCUAGGUUUUCCCCUCCCCAUAUGAAGUCAUGUAAUAAAUAAAGUAAGCGUGUUAAUUUGUGAAUACAUACCCUUUUUAUGCAUUGUAGAAUCUCUUUCUGAUUGGGUUGCUUUAAAAAUAUCCAAAUCUCUGGAAAAACUAAAUUUAAGGCUUGUCCUCAAAUUCUAGGUCAGUAGCAGGGUAUGUAUCUGAGUGUUCACAUAAUUAUUUGUGUUAUAUAAUGCAGAAACCUUAACACGGGAUUAAAAUAACAAUAUGUAUGAAAAUAUAGCAGAGUGCACUGACGUAUAUUGUUUUUCUUGAGAUGUGGAAUGUAUUACAAGUACAAAUAUAGCAGGGAUAUGACACAAAUAAAUUGCCAAUCGUGGGAAUAUCUUUAACCCUAAUAUUUUGCAACACGUCUAGGUCUUCAAAAGGAGGAAACUCAUGAGAAAAAUGACUUUGUGCCUGAACAAUAUUGUAACAUCUUACAGUUUGAAGGUCAAGCAAAUCAAAUUAUCAAGAAACAUAAGCAAAAAUGGCUAACUAUUCCACCUACAAAAUAAACUGCACUGAGUAGAUCUCCAUCCUGCCCUUUUUUAUUAAAUGGGCAGUGCUAUAUACUUCUAGGUGCAAUUAUUUAAACAGGAAAUAAAUUGUGGAGGUAAGAGGAAGAUGGUGAUGGAGUUAGAAGGGAUUAUUUUUCUUUUGCAACUUUAAGCAGAUAAAUACAACUAUUCUUAUGUCUAAAAAUUAGGUCACGGUCUAGUUGUAGUAAGUUCACAAUGAUGUGUGUGUGUGUGUGUGUGUGUAUAUAUAUAUAUAUAUAUAUAUAUAUAUAUAUAUAUAAUGAUGUACAUAAACAAGUGCACAAAUUUCCUAAUGCAUAGAUAUGCGAAAUUAAAACACACUCAACGUUAAUAAUAAUAAUGAUAGUUUAUUAAUGUUGAUGUUUAGAUAUGUUUUUAGCUAAUUGUGCACUUCAUAUAACUGUCUGUUUAUGUGUCUGUACAUCAAUGGUGCUAAUCCUAGACGAUACAACACUAAUCUUAUAGACCAGUGAUUCCUAACCCAGUCCUUAAAAAACACCAAUAGUUCAGGAUUUAGGCAUUUCCUUAUUCUGUUCCUAUCUAAAUACUGAGAAAACCAGGACUGUUAUAGUAAGUCCAAAUUCCCCCGAUCCAAUUCACACAAUAAGAGACUACCAUCAUUUACAAUAUUUAUUAACUUCUGGAUUUUGCAAAGCACCCCCCAAAAUGAGAUUGAAUGUAUUCCAGAUUUCAGCCGGUACAAAAUGUAACCAAACUGCUGAAAUUUAAAACUAAGUUAUAGAAAUAAGCAACAUUAAUUCCACAUUAACAGAAUUGGCCACUUUUUGCCUGUAGAUUUGGAUGAACGUUUUGGAUGAACUGAAUUUGUAGACAGAUAAUAACCAAUUCUAAUACAAUCUAUUGCAUUGCAAAAAUCUGCCAUUAGCACAAUUUAAAUCCUCUAGAUUUUAAACUCUUUUGAGCAGAGUACUCAUCAACCUAUUAUUACAGUAACAUUGUGUAAUUCUAUCAUUUAUUGUUAAAUUUCCCCCUUCAUAAUAUUGUAAAGCACUGCAGACUAUGUUGGCGCUAUACGCAUGCCGAUAAUGAAUAAUCAACAAACUCACUCUUAUAAUGAAAACAUAAAGGUUUGUAAAAAAAAUACAUGUAAUUUGAUAUCGGGACUCAAAGAAUCCACUGACAGUAGCGAGUGGAAAUUCGGCCGUGACAUCUGUGCCAUGGAACCCCUAGGGAUUGACAUGCUUUGGCACUCCAGCUGUUGUGUACUACAUCUCCCAUAAUGCUCUAACAGCUAUAACGAUGGCAAAGCAUCAGGAGAGGUGUAGUCCAUAACAUCUGGAGUGUCAGAGGUUACCUACCCCUGCCCUAUUGUCUUUCAGGAUUCUAAGUGCUGAUGCCAAUUGAUGUCAUUUCCCCCCCCAAACUUGAGGGAGCUCUUGUUCAUGUGACCUCUGAUGUAACAUAUGAUGUCACUGUUCUCGUUCAUGCACACAAGAUUGUAUACUCAAGACAGCAGCAAUGUUGACUCCAAUGCAUGUAGCUACAUUGUUAGGAGUAGAAAACAAGAGAAAAACGAAAAGCCCCAGACGUCACCAUGCAGAAGUGAAAGUAACAUUUACAAAUGGGGCAGAUGUUGUAUGCAUUAUUUUUUACAUGGCUUCAAUUUUUGUCAUGUUAGUGGUAUAUUAAAAUGCAAUAUGUCACAUCUGUUUUCCUUUAAACCUCAGAAUACACAUUGAGUUGGCAGGAAAAGUUCUUGGAACAUCUCGUGACAAACAAAUCUUAACAAGUCUCAUAUAAAUGAAACUUUAAGAAUUUAAAGGAAAAAGUUUCUCAAUUAAUUUGAUUUUGAAAUUUGAAUAACACUGCUCUACUAUUUAAUGUGUUAGAUGCAUAAAAAAUCCUCCUGGAUGAGGUUAAAAUAUAAUAGAAUAUUAGAGUGUACUCUUAAUGUUUCAGAUCUACAGUUUUGUAGCAGGGUAAAUUUGUAAAUUAUGGUCUUAGUAUGUUUCUAUUUUUAUUUUAUUUUGUUUCAUCUUGUGUGACGCAUUCUACCAUGUUAUGCUUUUAGUGAAGUCUGUAGUAGCUUCUUUGUGAUAAAUCCAAGUGGGUAACAUAUUUUUUUUUUUGUUUAUUUUUUUGUUUGCUGACAAAUCAUUCCUACUUCCUUUAUAUUAAAAAACAAUUAUAUUUUAA